AGAAAGACGACAAAUCCCUCUUGGCCCAGUUUUUCUACGCCGACGACGAGCUCAACAACGUCGUCAACGAACUGGACAGCUUCGAUGGCAGAAAGGACCCCGAGCGAUGUACGACACUGGUCAAUCAAUUGCGACAGGCCCAGGACAAGGUCUUGACCAUCACGAAUGCCAUCAUGGACGUGCUCAUCGGGGACGAGAGAGCCAACAGGGAUUUCAGGGUAAAGUUUCCGGAGGACGUCCUGCAAGAGAAUCUGGCCGGCCAAUUGUGGUUUGGAGCUGACUGCUUGGCAGCGGGUUCUUCCAUAAUGAACCGAGAACAAGAAAGCUGCGCCAUGCGUCCGCUGGCUAAAGCCGUCACCAAGAGCCUAGAGAACGUGCGCAACCUGUUGCGCGCCACGUGCCUGCGCAAUAACACCCCCAACGGACCAAUUAAACUCGACUCCAACGAACAAGAUACGGAGAUGUUGUUGGAAAGUUUGAAGAUAUUCGAUAGAUUGUUCGCCGAGUUCGAGCUAGCCUACGUUAGCGCCAUGGUUCCUGUUAAGUCCAUGCAGGAGUACGAGCUGCAGGAACUUAUAGGCGUGUUGUUUUCGGAAACGUUGCAGAGGGCGCUAAAAAUGAAACUGUUGACGCAAGACAUGAUAGACGACUGUGAUCCUGCCUUAAUGUUCACCAUACCCCGUUUAGCAAUAGUCAGUGGGCUGUUGAUAUUCCCGGACGGGCCUCUUUGCAUAGACAGAACUAUAGAAGAUAUGAGUGAAAUGUUUAGGCCUUUUAGGACACUGUUACACAAAAUUCGGGAGUUAUUAUUCACGUUAAACAAACUAGAACUGUAUAGAUUAGAAAAAUUGUUGUGUGAUAACGAACAAAUUGAUGAUGUUAAAUCUGUUAGUGACUUAGGUGUUGAUAAUGAACUUUUAGAAUUCAUAAGUCCCUUUUAUAACGACUACACAUUAUGCCAAGAUUCGCUUUCUAAUUAUUUAAAGAACGAUACCGAGAAGCCUACUUCUUACAAAAAGACGACUGUUCUGGAUUGGUUUGCCGAGCACGACAUCGUAGACGACGGGUUACCUUCUACAUCUGGAUACCUCAUCCCGACAAACGUUCUUCACAAUACCAUAAUCGCAGCCAACACAAAUUCCCACACAUCGAUCAGUAGGCUCGAUUCUCCUCCGGACCACGAUUCCUUGGAGAUCAUUUCCGUGGCAGCUGCUACUCUCUCGUCCAUUUUGACCACCCAGGAUGCUAUCCCCGGCAAGGCUGAAACCAAAAAGAAUACCGUAGAAGAUCUGGAAUCGCCAGAUGAUUCAGGAAUAUGCACGGAAAAUACUAGUCUCGAUAGAAAGAAAAAAGGCGGCAAUCGGACGAAAAACGUCAUCGAAGAGGAUUUUUCGAGUUCUGGAAGUUCCGAGACGUCAUCAUUUAAUAGCACGUACGCCGACGAUGAAGAAAUUGCUAUGGCUAUGCAAGCCGCCGAAUUGGCUACCAAGAACGAAGUUAGAGCGAAAUAUAAAUCCAGCGAAGACUUACUGCACCGCUUAUUCGUAUGCAUAGCAGGUGUGGCCGACCAACUACAGACGAACUUCGCUUGCGACUUGCGCAACAUCCUGAAAGCUGUUUUCCUUAUCAACGCCGGUGAUGCAGUCCCGGAUCCGCCGCCCAAAAGUAUAGAACCCUCUAAUCCGAUAGAAAAUUCCAUAGAGUAUCAUCCCUUGGAGCACGAAGUGAUCCAGAACAACAACGAAUUUUCUGUGGAUCCCAAUAUACUAGCUCAAGAGGCCCUCUUCGAUUCCAACAUCUAUUUCCACUUGGACACGGACGACGAAUGUCAGGAGUAUGUGAAUCGUCGAAGACAGCAACAAGAAACCGAAGAAAGGGACAUCAGUUCUCUUACUGCAGACUUAAACAGGUUGGCUUCGUUCCGUGAAGAAAUAGCCAAUUUGCAUCCUAACGAAGUCUCUCAAAACGAACCCGACAACAUCCUCUGCACCGAAGCCCCCGACUAUUCCCGCCCACCCAUUUGGAUCCCCGACGUCGAGGCGCCCAAGUGUAUGAGCUGCCGAGUCAACUUCACGGUGGUCAAACGACGCCAUCAUUGCCGCAAUUGCGGCAAGGUCUUCUGUGCUCGAUGCUCUUCUAAUAGUGUUCCGUUACCGAAAUUCGGACUCGUCAAACCCGUCAGGGUGUGCAAUAAAUGUUUUAUAUACAAUUUGACACCGUUUACUGUGUAAAACGGACUGUUUUGGACUGUUGAUUCGGUUGAAUCGACCGGAAAAUGCUUGUCUGGGAUUUGUCAUUUGUCAUUAAUAACCAAUGUCAUUAAUAAUCUUGAAAUACGCCAUUUCUAACAAUUUAUGACAUUUGUUAUUCGUCACUAAUUAAGUCGCUUAUUUCAGAAACAACCUAAGUCACGUUCGGACAGUUUGC